AUGGGAUCCCAGAAAAUGGUAGUGCUGACAGGGUAUGAGACUGUAAAGGAGGCUUUGGUGAACCAGGCCGAAGCCUUUGCUGGGAGGCCCGUCAUCCCAAUGUUUGAAGAAUUCAUGAAGGGUUAUGGUAUCCUUUUUGCCCGUGGUGAGAACUGGAGAGUGAUGCGGCGGUUCACAUUAACCACCUUACGGGACUACGGGAUGGGCAAGAAGACCAUUGAGGACAGAAUUAUUGAGGAGUGUGGUUUCCUGAUAAAGAGAAUUGAAUCUCACGAAGGAGAACCAAUUGAGACCACUGGACUCAUGAACGGUGCCGUCGCCAAUAUCAUAGUGUCGAUAUUACUCGCCAAACGAUUUGAAUAUGAAGAUCCCACGUUUCUAAGGCUGCUGAGAUUGUUCAAUGAAAAUGCCCGGCUUUUUGGAAGCCCUUCAGUCCAGCUGUAUAACAUGUUUCCCAGUCUGGGCUUCCUUUUUUGGACUCGUAAGAUGGUCCUGAAUAACCGAGACGAACUGUUCGCCUUCAUAAAGGCCACCUUCAUAGAGCACCUCAAGGAACUGGAUGAAAACGACCAGAGAAGCCUGAUCGAUUCAUUCCUUAUCCGGCAGCAAGAGGAGAAGAACAGGACAGAUGGGUUUUUCCAUAAUGAAAACCUUAAGAUGCUGGUGGGCAACUUAUUUGCUGCUGGCACAGAGACCACUUCAGAGACGCUACGCUGGGGCCUCCUGUUAAUGAUAAAGUACCCUGAAAUUCAGAACAAAGUCCAAGAAGAAAUUGCACGGGUGAUUGGGUCUGCUCAGCCAAGGACAGAACACCGUGCAAAAAUGCCAUACACGGAUGCAGUAAUGCAUGAAAUUCAGAGGUUUGCUAACAUUGUCCCUACAAACAUACCACACGCAACCACUAUGGAUGUCACUUUUAAAGGCUACUUCAUUCCCAAGGGAACUUACGUCCUCCCGUUACUGUGCUCCGUGCUGCAAGAUGAAACUCAGUGGGAGAAACCACAUCAGUUCUACCCUGAGCACUUUCUGGACUCGGAUGGAAAGUUUGUGAAGAGAGACGCAUUCAUGCCUUUCUCUGCAGGUCGGAGAAUGUGUGUGGGGGAAAACCUGGCCAAAAUGGAGCUCUUCUUGUUCUUUACAAGUCUCCUGCAGAGAUUCACUUUCCAACCUGCCCCUGGAACGUCUAAAGAAGACCUGGAUUUGACACCACUGGUUGGGUUUUCGAGGCCUUCAGCACCUUACAAGUGCUGUGCUCUGCCACAUUCUUAA